AUGGCCCUGCUCCCGCUGUUCCUGAGGCCGGUGGUUCGGUUCGCGGCGCGCGUGGCGGCCGGCGGGCCGGCGGUCGCGGCGGCGACGAUCCUGCACCGCGCCGGCGCGCUGCCCAGGAACCGGGGCCUGGAGCGCCUCGUCCGGGACGACGCGCUCGGCGGCCGCGACGGCCGCGGCCAGGACUGCAUCGCCAGCUUCGUCGUCGGCGUCAUGCGCUGCCUCUGCUAG